CACCAAAGCUCCUACACUGUCUAUAGCCCCCACAAAUUUUUUCUUCAAAUAAAAACUUUCAUUACACUCUCUCACUACUAUAUUUUACUCUCUCCAGUGAGUGUGCCACUGAUUUCCUUCAUCAUUAGAAUGGCCUCUUUUUGGUUUCUCUUAUCAUUCAUUAUAUCUUUAAUCAUCUUUCCAUUUCUUUCUUCAUCUGCUCUGCUAAAUCCACAAGCUUCAACUAUCCCAACUUCUCCAGCAUCCCUAGUAAACUCUCCACCUCUGUCUCCUUUCCAGGAGUUGUCACCAGAUAUUGCUCCUCUUCUGCCUUCUCCUGGUGGUGUGUUGCCUUCUCCUACUAUAUCAUCUUUGCCUACUAUUCCCUCCACUCAGAGCCCACCAAAUCCAGAUGAGUUUGAUGCACCAGGUCCUGAUUCUGCAUUUUCACCACUAGUUUCAUUUCCAGCCUCCUCUGCAGCACCUCAAAACUCAGUGAACUUUGCUGCUGCUGUAGGGUGUACACUCUAUUGGUCAAUUCAGCUUUUAAAAGUGUGAGUUAGUUGCUUCCUGAAAUGUUAGGGAAUUCGUAUGUUUCCAUGUUAAUGUUCCAUUAAUUAUAGUAUACAAUAUAAUGCAAGUAGUUUUUGUUUUGGUCUACUGAUGAGUUGAUGUGUGUGUUGUUGUAAUAACCAUGAUUGUUCCAUUGUGAGAUGAGCUAUUCUUGUUUUUUAGU